AUGGCAACCAUGUCCCUCCGCUGCCUCGCCAUGGCCAUGGCCGACACCGCGCUCCCUCCCGCCCACAAGCUCCUCCCCACGGUCUCCCUCCCGCUCCUCUCCUCCUCCACCCACGCCGCGCCGCUCCUCCUCCGCGCCAGCCGCCGCCUGCCGCUCGCGCCCCUCGUGGCCGCCUCCGACGCCGUCGAGGCGGGCGUCGAGUGGGCCGACGAGGAGGAGGAGGCCGGAGAAGCCUUCGACGAGGAGGCUGGGGAGGUUGAGGAGGAGGUGCUCGCCUCAGGCGACGAGGGUGAGGGGGAGUACGCCGCGGUCGAGCCGCCCGAGGAGGCCAAGGUCUACGUUGGGAACCUCCCCUACGACAUCGACAGCGAGGGACUCGCGCAGCUCUUCGACCAGGCCGGCGUCGUCGAGGUCGCCGAGGUUAUUUACAACAGAGAGACUGGCCAGGGCCGUGGGUUUGGCUUUGUUACCAUGAGCACUAUUGAGGAAGCUGACAAAGCCAUUGAGAUGUUCAACCGCUAUGACAUUAGCGGGAGGCUUCUGAAUGUAAACAGGGCAUCUCCUAGGGGCACUCGCAUGGAGAGACCUCCAAGACAAUUUGCACCUGCUUUCAGAGCUUAUGUUGGCAACUUGCCAUGGCAAGUCGAUGACUCUAGGCUGACGCAAUUGUUCAGCGAGCAUGGAGAAGUUGUUAAUGCUACUGUUGUCUACGAUAGAGAAUCUGGGCGUUCACGAGGAUUCGGUUUUGUAACAAUGGUGUCAAAGGAGGAACUCGACGAUGCUAUUUCUGCCCUGGAUGGACAGGAAUUGGACGGCCGCCCUCUUCGAGUGAAUGUUGCAGCAGAGCGACCACAGAGGGGCUUUUGA